GCCCUUCCGUUGCUCAGCCAGCUGCCGUCGGGGACCGGGUCCCGGCUCGCCGUGCCUGAGGCGUCUCGGAGUCCUGGGAACAGCCCUGGGCCGCUCCCUGCCGGGGGAAGCGGCUGCUCUUUCGGCAGCGGGCCCAGCCUGCCUUGGGCGCUGUCCUCGAGCGAGUGAGGAAGCCCUGGAGGCCGUGGCUCGGUGUCAAGGGGGAAGCCUGGGUCACGGCGGCAGCUGCUCCACGCACGGGCUACAGAGGACAGCGCUGGCAGCCCACUGCGUUGCCCCAAAGAGGGCAGCUCUCUGGGAGGUCGGCGAUGACAUUCCAGAGCGACAUCCCAGGCGAUGGAGGACAUCACUGCCCGCUGAUUGUGAUGUCACUGUGGCAGAGGGUCAGCCGCCCCUCAGAGCGGCCCUGGGCUCACUGUGCCGCCUGGAGCGGUGGGCGUCUCGUCCUCGUCCCUCGCAGCGGGGCACGGUCGUCUUGUUCUGAGGUACCCCGGUACCACAGGGCGCUGACAAUGGCUUCUGCUUGGGAGAGGAAGUACUACUACUCCGAUCUGGGGAAGAAAGUGGUGCUUCUCCCCAGCCUCCUUCUCCGUGAGGAGUUCAAAGACAUUGGUUACCCCAUGAUUUUUGAGGGAGUGCUGCUCCUGGCCGAUGUCUCAGGUUUCACUGCCUUGGCAGAGAAGUGCAUCCAGCAGAGCGGCCCAGAGAGAGGAGCUGAGGAGAUGGUGCAAACCCUCAACGCCUACAUGGGUGACAUUCUGGAACAGGUGCUGGCUUUUGGAGGAGACAUCCUGAAGUUUGCAGGGGAUGCCAUGCUGGUGCUGUGGAGAGCAGCAGGGCCUCAGCUGCCUACGGCCAUCAACCUGGCGCUGCAGUGCUGCAGGAAGGUCCAGAAGAAGUACGGCACUUAUGACACGCACAGUGGUCUCAAGCUCCACCUGAAGAUAGGGAUCUCCGCCGGGAUGCUCUCCUUCAUGUCCGUCAGAGGCGGGGAUCGUCAGUUCUUCUUCGUCUGCAGCGGAGCCCUGGACGAAGUUGUCAAGGCCCAAAAGCUUUCGGCUGCCCAUGAGGUAGUGCUGUCACAGACCUGCUGGGAGCUGUGUGAUCAGCAGCGAAUCAGGGCCAAGCCUCUUGCUGGCAAAGGGGCCGUGAAGGUUGUGGGAAUGAGGCGCUUAGCUCGCCGAGAAUGGAAAGAUGCUGUAGUCCAGCUGAGCAGUGCCAGAGGGGAGAGGCAUUUGAAAGGGACGGGCCUCCGAAGGCCGACUCUUAGGAUGUGCGAUGAUUCUGAACUGGCAGCGAGGCUGGAGAAGUACUUAUCGACAGCUGUUCUCCGGAAGCUUCGUGAGGACGUGCCGCUGGAGCUGUGCUCUGAGCUACGGCCCGUCACCAGCCUCUUUGUCCAGCUGAAGUUUGCUGACAGGAUCAACGCAAUCGAGCUCAGCAGCAGCCUCGGUGACUGCAGCAACACGAUUUCAGGCAUCAUCAGCCCUCACAAGGGUGAAAUCAACAAAACUCUUCUGUUUGACAAAGGCUGCACCUUCCUCUGCGUGUUUGGAUUUCCUGGAGAAAAGCUGGCCCACGAGAUCACCCACGCCUUGGAAUGCGCUAUGCAGAUCUUCCACAUGACCUCCAUGGGCCUGAGAAAACUCCAGCUAGUGUCUGUUGGGGUCAGCAGCGGGGCAGCGUUCUGCGGCUUCACUGGCCAUCCCGAGAGGUUUGAACACACAGCCCUUGGCUUUAAGGUGAAUUUGGCCGCCCGCAUGAUGGUGGCCUACCCGGGGAUGGUGUCCUGUGAUGCAGAGACCUGCGCGGCCUCUCGCCUGCCCAGCUACUGCUUCAGAGCGUUACCAAAGAGAAACUUGAAAGGCGUUAUCAGUCCCACCACUGUCUAUCAAUACGUGGGGACCACCGAGAAGCAACAACGUGACGUGGGCGUUGCCGAGGAGAGGUCACCCUAUGGUCCCUUGCUGGGUCGGGAGGCAGAGAUUGACCGCUUUGAAUUCUGCUUGGAGGCCUAUAAGCAUUUGGAAGAACCACACGUCCUGGCAUUUGUGGGCAUUCCAGGCUCUGGAAAGAGCCACUUACUCGCCGAGCUGGCCAUUUUAGGCCGGGCUGCUGGGCACAGGGUCAACGCUGUGGAACUGGCAGAGGAGAACUUGAAGCAGCCCUUCUCUGCCAUCCGUCUGCUGGUGGCCAGGGCACUGGGUCUCCAGGCCGGUGAGACUUGCAGUGACAGGCAGCGCGCCCUGCAGACCGUGCUCCAAGGCACAAUAGAAGAGAGCAGCUAUUGCUUGCUCAACGAUGUUUUCUUAGUGGAGUUUCCCAUCACAGACGAGGUGUGCAGGAUGCGUCACACUGAAUGGAACAGUGCGUUCCACCUGACUUGUACGCAAGUGCUACAGAAGGUGCUUGGAGGGGAAUUUGGCAUAUUUUUCGUCGACAACGCCCACUUCGUGGACUCUGAGUCCUGGUCUAUCAUGUGGCCCCUGCUCCAAAGCGUCACGGUCCUUAUGGUCAUGAGCUUAGCUCCGGGCCGUGACAGAGCAGAGGACAUUUUCAAAGCUGCCACGGACAGCACAACAUCGGAGAGAAUCACCUGUCUUCGUCUGGAAGGGCUGAAAGCUUCAGACGUGGUGCGGAAAGCCUGCCAGGAGCUUGGAGUGCGCAGCAUCCCCAGGGAGCUGGCAAGGUAAAGCCAAGUCGGGCAGCUCUUCUGAAGGGGUUGCAUUUAUGCUGACCACGGCUGGGAAUCGCCCUGCAAAAAAGGCAGCCACGGGGCUGAUGGGUCUCUCCUUAAGCCUGGCCAUAGCAGGUGUGAGCUGAGAAUGGGCAACUGCCACGAGGCAGCAGAGUGUGGAUGGUGUCAGCCCUUUGCUGUUGCCGUGGCUUGCUCUUCUGUGCUUUAGGCACUGUCCAGCAGCCUUUCCUGAUGG